AUGCAGGGCUUCAAUAUGGGACGAUACGUCCCCCCGGACCAAGAAGGCAUUACCUCCGGAAAUAAACUUGCCGGCAAGCACCCACUCGGCGCGCGCGCCCGCCACCUCCACACAACCGGCGCACUGAUCGUUCGAUUCGAGAUGCCAUUCGCGGUAUGGUGCACAACCUGCAAGCCAAAUGAGACUAUAAUCGGACAAGGCGUGCGCUUCAAUGCGGAGAAGAAAAAAGUCGGCAACUACCAUUCGACGCCGGUGUACAGCUUUCGCAUGAAACACACCGUCUGCGGUGGGUGGAUUGAGAUUCGGACCGAUCCGCAAAACACCGCAUAUGUGGUUGUGGAGGGUGGGAGGAAGCGUGAUACCGGCGACGAUAAAGAGGCGCAGCCUGGUGAGAUCGUUAUUCGGCCGUGGGGUCUGGGCGAGCAGGACCCUGCCGAGAAAGAUCCGUUUGCGAAACUUGAGGGGAAGGUUGAGGAUAAACAGCGCGCGCAGACUGAGUCGAGGCGGAUUUUGGAGCUGCAGGAGCGCCAGAAUAGGGAUUGGGAGGAUCCUUAUGAGAAAUCGAGACGGCUGCGACGCUCGUUCCGGACUGAACGGAAGGGCCUGGAAAAGGCGGCGGCGAAUCGAGCGGCGCUGCAGGACAAAAUGAGUCUGGGGAUUGAACUUGUUGAUGAAACUGAAGCAGAUCGCCAACGGGCUGGGCUGGUUGAUUUCGGUGAUGAUCGCUCUGAUAUCGGGGCGGCUGCUCUUCGAGCAACCAGAACUCGCCCGAUGUUUGAGACAUCUGUUCCCGAGAAAUCGACCGAGGUCAAAUCGCAGAAAGCUAAACGCAGCUCCCGGGAAACGAAGGCUGGUAGAUUGGCUGCACAGCACAAAGCUUCCCUACGCCAUGAGUUAAGUGGAAAUACACGUGCUGUCGUGGAUCCUUUUCUGAGCGAUAUCGGUGCGGAGGAAGACGUCUGGAAACCGGGUGUGAAGAGGAGGAAGACCGCGAGCAGCACUCCCGGCUCCCAAAGAAUCAUAAACUUAUCUUCCAAAACUGAAGAACGUGACCAUACGCCAAAGUCAGAGACUGGUUCAAUCACGCCUGGGGCCGACUCGCCAGGCAUGGGCAUUAGCGAGGAUGCUCCCUCUAAGACGGCACUUCCAAUGCUUGUUGGAUACACGUCUGACUCGGAAUGA